AUGUUUCCGUUCAAUUCCGCGCUAAAUCCGGCCUCCGUGGCGAAGCGCCAACGGCCAGAACUGCCGUCGCCACGCCACGAGGAGCGUGCCUGCAUGGAGGUCCCUGAAGAUGAUGAAAUGGCCGACGCGACGGAAGAUUUGGAUUUCCGCUUCCACGACAUCGAUACCGAGCCCGGCACGCGGGCGAGGAAAGCUCCCGUGCCAAGAGAGAUGACCGGCAACGACGAUGAUUUUGAGCAUGAUGCCCGCGCACCGUCUGCUCUGAGUUUUGAUUCCGGAGGUGUUGAAGGGUGGUUCCCUUACGUUCGAGAACGACUGGGCCAGCUGGAAACUAUUACCCUCAAUUUCAGGAAUCUUUCUGCCCAACGGCGCACGGCCAACGACCAAGCAAGCUUGCAGCACCUUUAUGAGAGUCUUGUUAUGCAAGUUCAUUCCGAACAAGCAGAACUAGAGUAUACUUUAGGACAGACCGAUGGCACAAGGCACGACUUUCCCAUGGGAGACGGCCUCGACUCGGGAGGUAUCUUGACAUGGCGAAAACAUUGGCAGAGACGCAAGAGAAUACGUGAGACAAUCAAAGAGGCCUCUUUGACGCUCAGUGAGUGUUACAGAGGUUUGAUGGAAUCGUCUCUCACCGCAGGGGCUGAUGUCACGGGGAACGGGACUGAGGAGGCGCGUCUGCUGGCGAGACUGGAGUCCGCUCGCCAGAAGCUGGAACAGUCAAUUGAUCCACAGGGAAGCAAAAGGGUCAAUUACCCUCCACGCGUGCGGCGCGACAGGUUGGACAGGGGCGAUAAGGCGGGGUCAUCAUCGAUGCCUGAUUGA